CCCGGAGUCGGGCCCCGGGCCCCCCCCACGCCUGCCCAUACACCCCGGCCUGUCCGAGCAUGAGGCCUCACUGGACCUGGCUGCCUACCUGGGCGACGAACAGCUCCUGGCAGAGCUGCUGCAAGCGCCCCCGCCCCGUGCCCCCAAAAGUGCCUCCUUCGCCCCCUACGAGGCCUGGGCCCGGCCUUACAGUGCAGCUGGCAAGGAGGAGCCUCCCCGGCGUGGCCCCCCACCCUGCGGGCACAGCGCUCUCAGCCUUCCACCCACUGGCCCUAUGCCUGCCCUGCGUGCCCUGAAGGGCCCCCCCGGCAGUGCCCUGCUGCCCUCCGCAGCCCCAGUGCCAGGCCCCCGGGGCAAGAAGGCAGUGAACAAGGACAGCCUGGAAUACCGGCUGCGGCGUGAGCGCAACAACAUUGCCGUGCGCAAGAGCCGCGACAAGGCCAAGCGCCGCGUGCUGGAGACACAGCGCCGCGUGCUGGAGCUGGCUGCUGAGAACGAGCAGCUCCAGGCACGUGUGGCCCAGCUGGGCCAGGAGCUCGACACGCUGCGUGCCCUCUUCCGUCAGCUGCCCGAGGCUGCCGGGCUGCCCAAAGGGCUGGCCUGAUGCCGGCACGGGACACCAGCGUGCUGCUGUUGCCGCUGCGAUGUCACUUCUCGGGCACUAGUGCAUGGUGCUACAAUCACUGCUGCGAUAUCGCCCCUUGUAUGGCACCAUCAUGCCGUGAUCGCUACUGUGAUGUCACUCUUUCUUCACUUGUGCAUGGCACCAUCAUGCCGUGAUUGCCAUGGUGGCGUCACUGAUUCCCUGCUCACUAUUACAUGGGACUGUCAAGCUGCGGCUACCAUUGUGUUGUCAUUCCCCAUGCGCCACUGUGUGGCACGGUGAUGCGGAGGUGUCCCGAGUUCCCUGCCUAUGAUGGAGUGGCAUGACUGUGCUGCGAUCACCACUGCAUGACACAUUUCCCGUUCGCUAUUGCCUGGCACUGUCAUGCUAUGAUCACUGGUGUGAUGUCAUUUCCUGUUCACUUUUGUGUGGUACCAUUGCUGUGACCUCCCCCAUGAUGUCACUACUGAGUGGCGCUGUCGUGCUGCUGUCACUGUUGUGAUUCUGCUGUCCCGGACUCCUUCACACUGGGAUCACUGUUGUGAUGUCAUUACCCAUGCACUGUUCACUUCCUGUGGCCUUUGAAAGCUCAUGAAGAUCUGCGCCAGUUGGUCUCCAAGGUGCCAUCCUGCCUCUGCUUCCUGCCUGUUCACCAUUGCAUGGCACAGUUUUAUGCCACGAUUGCCAUCGUGGUGUCACCAACUCCCUGUUCACUAUCACGUGGCAGUAUGAUGCUGAACACCACUGUGCAAUGAUCCCCUGUUCACUAUUGCCAUCGCUAUUCUGGGCUCAUCACGGCUGCAUCCAUUCUUCACCGUUUACUACUGUUGCAUUGCACCAUUAUCCCACGAUGAAACCAUUCUGCACAACAGUGA